GUUGUUAUCGUAUUACUUGUAUUUUCCUAUUCUCGUUAGCGAAGAUUCCGUAACGAAAUUGCCAAUGGCGUCCACAGUUUACUUCAAGCGCGUCUAUAGAUAGUCCGUCAUCCUUUUCUUACAUUAUAUAUCGACACUAUUCACGGAGACACUGCUUUCAUCGCCCGAAUGAUCUUUUCAGCAGAGUCGAAUGAUAAGAAAUAUCCCCCGUUACCUUCGCACUAUAUGUUUUGGGAGUUUCUCUUUCGUCUAAAGAUCGAGUGUAAGUGAAGUGUUUAGCGAAAGUACGGAUUUUAGUGUUCUGUGAUGAUAUAAAAGCUCAAAAUGUUCACCACGAACGCUGUUCAAGCCGGCUCCGUGCCCACACUUCAGUACCAAGAGCAUCCACAAAAGUCUCAGGGGAAAAACAUUGAAAAUGUGCAGAAGACCCAACAAUCACAACCACAGCAGGAGUUCCCAACAUUUUGUUAUACAACAAAUGUGAAUAUGAUUGGAAAAAUUGGAACUGGUGCAACUGGCGGCACUGGUGGAGUUAACAUAGCGCAGUUAACUACAAGUGACGAUAAAACAUGUUAUAUAGCGCAGCCUUUCUCGUACAACUAUGCCUUGGUCAACCAGAUGCAAAUAGCGCCAAACGGAAUUCAGAACACCAUAUCCAAUAUUAGUUUUAAGUGUGAUGUAUGUGGCUUGAUGUUUGGUCAUCUAACUUUGCUCAAUGCCCACAAAAGGAUACAUACACAAGAUGCAGAUAACAACAUAACUGUAGUGGCGACAGGCGUUGGAUCCAAUGAUGUGGCCAUGCCGCCGCACAUCCAGAUCCUCUCCACAGACCCCAGUGAUCCACCUCAGCAUCAUGUGCUGGCAACUGACACAAAACCAGUAAUAAAUGAUAAAACACAGUCAAAAUGCAUCACAUGCGAAGGACCAUUGGCCAACAAUCCAAAACGGAAAGGACCAAAGCUCAUACGAUGUGACAUGUGCAUAGCACAAGAUGAACACCGAGCUAACCAAAUCAACGCAACACAAAUAUUCGUGUCAGCGGAGAACAACGUGAAGUUCGAAGUGGGCGGAGUGAGCGGCGUGCAGGCGACCAACGACCCGCUGUCGGCGCCGCCGCCGCCGCAGCAGCAGACACAGAAAACAUUGCCGUCCGGUCAUCAUCCUGUGAAAAAGAGAAACUUGGCAUCGGUCACAAAAUGUCAAAACUGCAACGGAUCCGGCAUAGUGUUUAUAGGGGGCAACAAAAACAAAAACAACGCAGCGAAUGCAGAGAAACCAUUCCACUGUAACAUCUGUGGUGGAUCGUUCUCAAGAUACUCGUCUCUGUGGUCCCAUAAGAAGUUACAUUCUGGUGAAAAGAACUUUAAGUGCGGUGUCUGUGGUAUUGCGUUUGCGAAAGCUGUUUACCUUAAGAACCAUUCCAGGAUACAUACUGGCGAAAAGCCUUAUAGGUGUCAAACUUGCGGCAUGCAGUUCUCACAGUCGCCACAUCUGAAGAAUCACGAAAGGACACAUUCAGGGGAAAAGCCUUAUGUCUGUGAGGUGUGCGACAAAGGCUUCGCGAGACACGCCACUCUGUGGAAUCACCGCCGGAUCCACACCGGAGAGAAGCCUUACAAAUGCGAGACGUGCGGGUCGGCCUUCAGUCAGGCGGCGCACCUCAAGAACCACGCCAAGGUGCACUCCGGGGAGAAGCCGUUCAAGUGCGACAUCUGCACCGCCGCCUUCGCCGACCGGUUCGCGCUCAAGCGGCACAGGGGCAUACACGACAAGUAUGGUGAGUGUAUCACAAUGUAUACAUGUUCAGUCAGGACGCACCUCAAGAACCACGCCAAGGUGCACUCCGGGGAGAAGCCGUUCAAGUGCGACAUCUGCACCGCCGCCUUCGCCGACCGGUUCGCGCUCAAGCGGCACAGGGGCAUACACGACAAGUAUGGUGAGUGUAUCACAAUGUAUACAUGUUCAGUCAGGACGCACCUCAAGAACCACGCCAAGGUGCACUCCGGGGAGAAGCCGUUCAAGUGCGACAUCUGCACCGCCGCCUUCGCCGACCGGUUCGCGCUCAAGCGGCACAGGGGCAUACACGACAAGUAUGGUGAGUGUAUCACAAUGUAUACAUGUUCAGUCAGGACGCACCUCAAGAACCACGCCAAGGUGCACUCCGGGGAGAAGCCGUUCAAGUGCGACAUCUGCACCGCCGCCUUCGCCGACCGGUUCGCGCUCAAGCGGCACAGGGGCAUACACGACAAGUAUGGUGAGUGUAUCACAAUGUAUACAUGUUCAGUCAGGACGCACCUCAAGAACCACGCCAAGGUGCACUCCGGGGAGAAGCCGUUCAAGUGCGACAUCUGCACCGCCGCCUUCGCCGACCGGUUCGCGCUCAAGCGGCACAGGGGCAUACACGACAAGUAUGGUGAGUGUAUCACAAUGUAUACAUGUUCAGUCAGGACGCACCUCAAGAACCACGCCAAGGUGCACUCCGGGGAGAAGCCGUUCAAGUGCGACAUCUGCACCGCCGCCUUCGCCGACCGGUUCGCGCUCAAGCGGCACAGGGGCAUACACGACAAGUAUGGUGAGUGUAUCACAAUGUAUACAUGUUCAGUCAGGACGCACCUCAAGAACCACGCCAAGGUGCACUCCGGGGAGAAGCCGUUCAAGUGCGACAUCUGCACCGCCGCCUUCGCCGACCGGUUCGCGCUCAAGCGGCACAGGGGCAUACACGACAAGUAUGGUGAGUGUAUCACAAUGUAUACAUGUUCAGUCAGGACGCACCUCAAGAACCACGCCAAGGUGCACUCCGGGGAGAAGCCGUUCAAGUGCGACAUCUGCACCGCCGCCUUCGCCGACCGGUUCGCGCUCAAGCGGCACAGGGGCAUACACGACAAGUAUGGUGAGUGUAUCACAAUGUAUACAUGUUCAGUCAGGACGCACCUCAAGAACCACGCCAAGGUGCACUCCGGGGAGAAGCCGUUCAAGUGCGACAUCUGCACCGCCGCCUUCGCCGACCGGUUCGCGCUCAAGCGGCACAGGGGCAUACACGACAAGUAUGGUCAAACAGCACCCCUGCCUUCAAGGAUACAACUGGAUGAGCACGAACACCAAGGGGCGCAGCAGAGCAGCGAUCAACAGAACCCUCAGUCAGAUGUGAACAGAGGCCAACAGACUGUAAUGUAAGCUUAGGGUCAUUAACAUUGUACAGAAGAAGCGAUUUUAUAAUCUCCAUAUUAUAUACUUUUCAACAAAAAUCAAAAAUCAGUUCUCUUAAACAGUACUUUGACGGCCUCCGUGGCGCAGUGGUAUGCGGUGGAUAUACAAGACGGAGGUCCUGGGUUCGAUCCCCGGCUGAGCAGAUUGAUAUUUUCUUAAUUUGUCUAGGUCCAGCUGGUGAGAGGCUUCGGCCGUGGCUAGCGAUUUAGAGUUCCGGUACGAUGCCGUGUAGAAACCGAAAAGGAGUGUGGAUUUUCAUCCUCCUCCUAACAAGUUAGUCCGCUUCCAUCUUAGACUGCAUCAUCACUGACCAGGUGAGAUUGUAGUCAAGGGCUAACUUGUAAAGAAUAAAAAAAAAAAAAUUUGUGGAUUGUCUCGAUUUUUUUGAUGAGAAGUAUAUAAAACAAAGCCCUCCACAUCAUUUGUCUGUAUAUAUUAAUGAGGACGGUUUAAGUAUAUAGUUUGUCAAUGUUUUGUGUAAAUAGGUUGAAAUGUAACAAUGAUUGUUGGAAAGUCGGAAAAAGUCGAACUGCCUGGGAGCUAUAUUCAAAAAUCCCUGACAGAUGUAUAUACAUUUUAAGCUAUUGCAUAUAUAUAUAUUUUAUCGCGAUUUUUGAACGCAGAGACAGAAUCAAGAAAUUCCGUAACGAAAAUAAACCUAACACACAUUGUCAUAAUAUCGACUCAACUGGACAACUGGUGUGAAACUAAGGGGCAAACUUAUUAAACCAGAGUUCAAAUCCAGCUCAACGUAAAGAUUUUUUUUUAUUAUUUUCUAAAGAAAAAAUAUUGCAUGAAUAAAAUAAAUUAAUAUUAAUUAAAAUUGCAUGAGUUAAUAAAAAAGCUAUGCAAUAGCUUCACCUCGGCAGUCCCUGGUAGUUUAUUUUUAAUUUUUAAUUCGGCUACAUAUUAAAAAUAAGCCUAACAAUAAUGAAACACAAACCACAGUUAGUUUAACUGUGCUCUUGUAACACGAUGUACGUUUGUAGAUGUAUGAUAGCUCAGUAUGUUGAUACAUACACAAAAGAUAUUAUCUACAAAAAAGUCAAAUUAAAAAAAAAAAAAAAGAAAAAAGUUAAUUUUCAUAUUGAAAUUAAACACACCGCUGACUGAUGUAUAAUCCAAUACCAAUACAAUGGAUUAAAGUAAUAUAUUUCUUUAUUAAAUUACUAGCAGAUACCACGCGGUUCUACUUGCUUUUCUCCAGUUGUUUCAAGAGCUUAUACAAUCCAAAUAAACAUCCAAAUAUUUUCUCUUCAUAUAAUAAGUUUAGAUUAAUAAAUCUUAACAAACAACAUUUAACUUUUGUUGCCCACUUAUCAACUAUUAACAGACUUCAAAGGAAAGGGGGAUGUUCCUCAAUAUCUAGAAUUUUUUGUUAAAAUCAAAAUAUGUAACUGAAAUAAGUGAACAAAAUUGCCCAUAUGUUUAGUUGUUUACGUCACUAUGCUAGGAUACACUAAGAACAGAUAAAUAAAAUAUUUUUAUUAUAAAAAAAUUGUACAGUCGUUUGCUAUAGCAACCGCCUUCAAACCGAUCAAAAUGCAUCUUUGAAGUUGGUUAAUUUUUUAAAGAAUUUUGUUUAAUGAAUAAAAACAUAAUUCACAAUGGUUUUGAUAAAAUCUAGAUUGCAUUUUAUCAUUGGGUUGUGAAAAACUAUUAAAUUGGAUUAUUAAAAAUUAGUAAAUUAGUAAGAUUACAAAAUUGCAAAAUGGAUUUUAACUGUAUAGGAUUUUGUGUACACAUACUUCUUCUUACCACUAUAUAUAUUAAAUUAAAAGAUUUAUUACCAAGGGCUUCUUUUAGGCAUGAGACACAAUAAUCUUUAAGUGUUUGAUAUGACAUUCGUUUCCCUAGAUAUAUAGUUUUUCAUCUAGAUUCUAGUAAACUCGAAUGAAUUCAUUUCAUAAAUUGACUAAAUCUUAACCAUUUUCAUACAAAAGGCAACAAAAACAAAUGCUGUUUGUAAAAUUACUAGUGUAAUGUAAUUAUAUAAUAAAACCCCCACCCUGUGUAAAGUUUACAAGUCAAGUAAAUAUCACAUAUAAAUUAUCAGCAAAGUGUAAAUAUUGUAUAAAUUAAACAUCUAGUUUUAAUGAGCAUACAGCGAUCGUUAUCAAGUUUAUUACCUACAUACACUAUUACUAUUAUAUUAUUAUUAACCAUAACCAUUUGUUUGUUAACACUGCUGAUUUAAAUAAAUCUUCAGUAGUUUAAAAGGAAAUUAUUAAUCUGACAAACAAAUUUAGAAUUUAAAAUUUUAUGUGUAUAUAUAAUAAAUAUUAUUAAUCAAUUAUUAAUUUAUAUAUAUAUAUAUACAAUUUUAAAAUGAUUCGCCUAAGAAGGUCAAAUGUUCACUUCAUUUGACAUAUUAUUUUGAUUACUUCUGCUUUACGAAGCAAUAAAUAGUAUUUUGUUUAACGACACAAACAAAUCGGUCAAAUAACUAGCUUUCAUUUAUUGAAAACCACUAAGGGUUCAUUUACCCGAGAAGCUACUGCUAUCGACGACUGCAGUCGGCUGCCGUUGACUGCCGCCGAGUGCAGUUGACUGCCGUCGUCGGUAGCAGUUGCUGCUCAUAUAAAUGAACACUAAGUUAGUAAAUACCACAGCAAAUCAUUGGAAAACUAUGUAGUUCCAUUAACACGUUCGCUGCGGUACCAGGUCGAUUGACCUUGUGCGUCUAGUGUGUUCAAGAGUUACGAGGUCGAUGGACCUCGUACAGAACUACUUAAAGUUUUUGUAUGACUUCAAAAAACCUCGUACCAUACCAGAGGAAAGUACAGAAAAAUCAGUGCCGCAGCAAAAGUGUUAAGUGAUUGUUUUACACUUUACUGAGUAUGUGUAUAUAACUGAAGACACUGCCAUUUAUAGUAUUUUUGGUGCGUGCAAAAGUAAUACAAUGAAUUGUGCGAGAUUGUUAUUUUAUUUUUAUUUUUAGUAGAACGGUUGUAAUAUUUUUUUAGCUUUUUUUAGCACUGCUACUUCACGUGUAAUAUAAUAAUACUAGGAUCUUUUAUUAUUGGCUGUGGAAUUACGAGAAUAUAUUUAUGGUCACGGUAUAUGAAUGAAAUUGGCAUGCAGCAUUUUUGUUAAAUACAAUUUUAAAUGUAAAUAAUAAGGCAUACUUAAUUGGUUAGAAUCUUAAGUAAUUUAGGAGACUCAUUGACUUACUGAUAUUUGUUAUGGAUGUGAUGUACUUAUGAAUCACCGCAAAUAGUUUUUAAUGUAGUUAAAUUUAUUAAGAUAAUGAAAAGAUUCAUAAGUACGUCCCAUUCAAAGAGCAAAAGCUGGUGCAUCAAAGUGAUGCUUUGUUAAGGUUAGAUGUAAUUUUUUAAUUGUAAUGGUAAUGAUCCGUAAGUAUAGUAAAAAGGAUAGAAAGAAA